UCGGACGGGUCUGAGCUCCCGGAGCUGGGCGGGGCGCAGCCCAUGUGGUUGGGGCGGGAGGCUCCGGGACCUGGCCAGCUGCCUGCCUGCCUGCCCGGGAGAGCCUGGCGCGAGCCAGCUGCCCUGCUCGCCGCGCGCUGCUUGGCGCCAUCAUCCAACCUUGCCCCGGCGCCCCGACCUGACGCCGCCCUGCUUCGUCGCCCUCCUUUCUCUCCCAGGUGCUGGACCAGGGAUUGAGCGUCCCCCGGAGAGGGUCCGGUGUGACCCCGACAAGAAGCAGAAAUGGGGAAGAAACUGGAUCUUUCCAAGCUCACUGAUGAAGAGGCCCAGCAUGUCUUGGAAGUUGUUCAACGAGACUUUGACCUACGAAGGAAAGAAGAGGAAAGACUAGAGGGGCUGAAGGGCAAGAUUAAGAAGGAAAGCUCCAAGAGGGAGCUGCUUUCCGACACUGCCCAUCUGAACGAGACCCACUGUGCCCACUGCCUGCAGCCCUAUCGGCUGCUUGUGAACAGCAAAAGGCAGUGUCUGGAAUGUGGCCUCUUCACCUGCAAAAGCUGUGGCUGCAUAGACCCAGAGGAGCAGGCCUGGCUCUGUGACCCCUGCCAUCUGGCCAGAGUUGUGAAGAUCGGCUCACUGGAGUGGUACUAUGAGCAUGUGAAAGCCCGCUUCAAGAGGUUCGGAAGUGCCAAAGUGAUCCGGUCCCUCCGUGGGCGGCUGCAGAGUGGAGCUGGGCCUGAGCCAAUUUCUGAAGAGAGAAGUGGAGACAGCGAGCAGACGGAUGAGGAUGGAGAACAGGACUCAGAAGCCCAGGUCCAGCCCUUUGGCAGCAAAAAAAAGCGCCUCCUCUCCAUCCACGAGUUCGACUUCGAGGGAGACUCAGAUGAUUCCAGUCAGCCUCAAGGUCACUCCCUGCACCUGCCCUCAGUCCCAGCGACCAUGGACAGCCUGCAGUCCCUCACAGAUGAGUCCUGCUCAGAGAAGGCAGUCCCCCAGAAGGCUGAGGGCCUGGAGGAGGCUGACGCUGGGGCCUCUGGGUGCCAUUCCCGUCCAGAAGAGCAGCCGGCAUGCAUCUCGCCUUCUGGACACAGCGUCCUCGCUGAGCUCUCCCUGCCUGGAGGCUCCCACGGGCUGGCCCUGGGGACUGCUGCUGCACUAGGGCCAAAUGUCAUCAGGAAGGAGCAGCUGCCCCCGCAGUACUUGGCCGACGUGGAUACCUCCGACGAGGAAAGCAUCUGGGCUCCCAUGGCGACCUCCCGUCAUUCCAAGCGGAGAGGCCGGGCGUCCUCUGACAGUCAGAUCUUUGAGCUGAAUAAGCGUAUUUCAGCUGUGGAACGCCUGCUGACCCACCUGGAGAACACAGUUGUGCCUCCCUUGGCCAAGGGUGUAGGUGCUGGAGUGCCCACGGAGGCCGACGUGGAGGAGGAGACCCUGAGGAGGAAGCUCGAGGAGCUGACCAGCAACGUCAGUGACGAGGGGGCCUCGUCCGAGGAAGAGGAGAUCAAGGAUGAAAAGGCAGAGCCUGACAGGGGCACCUCAGUUGGGACCCUCCGCCACGCAGACUCAGAGGUGGGCACGGCUGCCAAUCAAACCAACAGACAGGAAAAGGGCCGUCAGGGCCCCGAGGACCCCAUCCAGCACAGCAGGACCACAGAUGAGGAGCUGUCGGAGCUGGAGGACAGAGUGGCAGUGACAGCCUCAGAAGUCCGGCAGGCAGAGAGCGAGGUUUCAGACAUUGAAUCCAGGAUUGCAGCCCUGAGGGCCGCCGGGCUCACAGUGAAGCCCUCGGGAAAACCCCGGAGGAGGUCAAACCUCCCGAUAUUUCUCCCUCGAGUGGCUGGGAAAGUUGGCAAGAGACCAGAGGAUCCAAAUGGAGACCCUUCGAAUGAGGCCAAGGCAACGGCUGUGCCCUAUCUUCUAAGAAGAAAGUUCAGUAACUCCCUGAAAAGUCAAGGCAAAGGUGAUGAUUCUUUUGAUCGGAAAUCAGUAUACCGAGGCUCCCUGACACAGAGGAACCCCAACGGGAGGAAAGGGAUGGCCAGCCACACCUUCGCGAAACCUGUGGUGGCGCACCAGCCCUAAAAGGAGACAGGACAGAGUGACAGAGCGGCCCUGCACUCUCAUCCCUCCACAACGGCCCUCCUGUCCCUCAUUGGCUCUGUGCUUUCCACUGUACACAGUCACCAUCCCAGUGAGAAACAAGAAGAAGCACCCCUCCACGUGGACUCCCACCUGCAAGAGGACAGCAGCAGUCAGUCCUGCAUGCUCACCUGGAUUUACUGAUGACUCCUGGCUGCCCCACCAGCCUCUUCUGAUCUGUGAGAAACAUCUGAGCUGCUGUGACUUCCCUUUAGGACAAUGUUGUGUAAACCUUUGAAGGACACACAGAAGACCGUUUUACUGUGAUCUUUUACCCUUUUCACUCUUAGCUUUCUUUUGUUGCUUUCAUAAAUGAAUGGAAAAAAGAUGACUCAUUGAAGGCA